AUUAAUCCUCGUUCGAAAAUUAAUUAUUCAUUCACAAUUCACUCACUUCAUCAUCAUCGAUCUUAAUUCAUUCGUUUGAUAAUUCUAGCAAAAUUCUGGAUCGAGAUAUGAGUCCUUUAGGGUUCGACGCGAAGAAGAUGUAUAAUUUCGUGGCGAAGCGGUUCGUGAACACCUGCGCGAAGGUUCAAGAGCAAGCGCUGAAUUGGUUGCAGACGCUGACCAUGUUGGAGAUUAGCAUUCCCAUGUGCCAAUUGUUCUCCAUGUUCGGCGCUGGGGUGGCUGUCAUGGGCGCCAUGAAUUCCACUGAAUCUCAACAGAAACCCAGCAAGGGGACCAAGAAAGAGGACGACGAAGGAAACGCCAUAUGUUGUGUAGUGGAAAAUGAAUCCGGGAAAUCAACGCCGUUGUCAGACGAUAUAGCCCCAUCGUCUAGGCACAUGGAAUUCACGACCAAUGCAGAGUUGAACCUAUCCUGUUGCAUUCUUAUGCUCGACGUAUUGUUGAAACAGGUAUAAAUGAAACUCGUAAAAUGUC